AUGAAGAGACAAGCCUGCAAGAAAUCCUUCAGUGGCGGGAGCCAGGGCUUCUCCGGCCACUCUGCUGUGGUCUCCGGCAGCAGCAGGAUGAGCUGUGUGGCCCGCUCUGGGGGUGCUGGUGGAGGAGCCUGUGGGUUCCGGAGUGGGGCAGGCAGCUUUGGCAGUCGCAGCCUCUACAACCUGGGUGGCAAUAAGAGCAUCUCCAUCAGCGUGGCUGGUGGCUCCCUGGCUGGUGGUUUUGGGGGAGGGCGUAGCAGCUGUGGCCGUGGCUUUGGGGGUGGCUAUGGAGGUGGCUUUGGCAGAGGAAUAGGAGGUGGCUUUGGAGGGGCUGGUGGCUUUGGAGGGGCUGGUGGCUUUGGAGGGGCUGGUGGCUUUGGUGGAGCUGGUGGUUUUGGUGGAGCUGGUAGCUUUGGUGGGCCUGGUGGCUUUGGUGGGCCUGGUGGCUUUGGCCCUGGUGGCUUCCCUGGGGGAAUCCAGGAAGUGACUGUCAACCAGAGUCUCCUGCAGCCCCUCAACGUGGAGAUCGAUCCCCAGAUUGGGCAAGUCAAGGCCCAGGAGCGGGAGCAGAUCAAGACCCUCAACAACAAAUUUGCCUCCUUUAUUGACAAGGUGCGGUUCUUGGAACAGCAGAACAAGGUCCUGGAGACCAAAUGGAAUCUGCUCCAGCAGCAGCACCCCGGCUCCGGCUCGGGCCCCAACAACCUGGAGCCUUUCUUCGAAUCCUACAUCAGCUUCCUGCGCAGGCAGCUGGAUUUGGCUCUGGGGGAGAGGGGGAACCUGGAAGGAGAGCUGAAGAACAUGCAGGACCUGGUGGAAGACUUCAGGAAGAGGUAUGAAGAUGAGAUCAACAAACGCACUGCGGCAGAGAAUGAGUUUGUGGGACUCAAGAAGGACGUGGACGCGGCCUACAUGAACAAGGUGGAGCUGCAGGCCAAGGUGGACUCCUUGACAGAUGAGAUCAACUUCCUGAGGACCCUCUUUGAGAUGGAGCUGUCCCAGAUGCAGAGUCAUGUUAGUGACACAUCUGUGGUCCUGUCCAUGGACAAUAACCGCAGUCUGGACCUGGACAGCAUCAUCGCCGAGGUCAAGGCCCAGUACGAGGAGAUCGCCCAGAGGAGUAAGGCUGAGGCUGAGGCCCUGUACCAGACCAAGCUUGGGGAGCUUCAGACCACAGCUGGUAGACACGGGGAUGACCUGAAGAGCACCAAGAACGAGAUCAUGGAGCUCAACAGGAUGAUUCAGAGGCUACGGGCCGAGAUUGAGAGCAUCAAGAAACAGAAUGCCAACCUUCAGGCCGCCAUUGCUGAUGCUGAGCAGCGUGGGGAGAUGGCCCUUAAAGAUGCCAAUGCCAAGCUCCAAGAGCUGCAGACCGCCUUACAGAAGGCCAAGGAUGACCUGGCCCGGCUGCUGCGUGACUACCAGGAGCUGAUGAAUGUCAAGCUGGCCCUGGAUGUGGAGAUUGCCACCUACCGCAAGCUACUGGAGGGCGAGGAGUGCAGGAUGUCUGGAGAGUGUCAGAGUGCUGUGAGCAUUUCGGUGGUCAACAAUGUCACCAGCACAAGCAGCAGCUCUGGUGGAAGCCAUGGAGCCUUUGGAGGAGUCAGUGGCAGCAGCAGUGGCUACAGAGGCAGCAGCGGCAGCAGCAUCAGCAGAGGCAGCAGCGGUGGCUAUAGAGGAGGAAGCAGUGGCAGCAGCAGUGGCUAUGGUGGCGUUAGCAGUGGCAGCUCUGGGGGCUACCAGAGUGGCAGCAGUGGGGGCUACCAGAGGGGAAGCAGUGGGGGCUACCAGAGGGGAAGCAGUGGGGGUUACCAGAGUGGCAGCACUGGGGGCUACCAGAGCGGCAGCACUGGGAGCAGGCUCAGCAGUGGAGGCAGCAGCUCUGUGAGCCAGAGUGGAAUUGGCUCCAGCUCUGGUGGCGUCCAGUCCUCUGGAGGCAGUGGCUACAAGUCUAGCAGUGGAGGCGGCCCCAGUAUACACUUCUCCCAGACCACCAGCUCAAGCCAGCACAGCUCCAAAUAA